AUGGCCGCAGCAGCCCAGCACAUCGCGAGGCUCGCCGCCUCCCGCGGCACCUCCGCGACCACCGCAUCCUCGCGCGCGCAUUCCGCCGCGCGUCAUCCGGUCAGGCUCCUCGCGAAGCCCCGUUCCGCGCGCCCGUCCGCGUUCGCCGCCGACGAGAUUGGCGCCGCCGGCGACGAGGAGGUCAACCUGAAGGACGUCACCCGUAAGCUCAUGGACUGCCGUAAGCGCAAGGCGGCGUCCAAUGCGGUGGACCUCCUCGUCUCCCUCGGCCGCGCCGGCAUCGAGCCCGACCUCCUCGCGUCCACCGCCUGCCUCGGCGCGUGCGUCGCCGCGGGCAAGAUGGACCUCGCCCUGAAGGUGUUCGAGGAGGUCUUCGACAAGCGGGUGGUGGAACCCGACGAGGUUGUCUUCACGGAGCUCAUCCGGGGCUACCUCGCGUCGUCGCCGCCGUCUUGGACCCGCGCCAUGAACACCCUCGACAGGAUGGAGGCGUUCGACGUCGUCCCCGGCGCGCUGUCGUACAACAUCCUCCUCGCCAAGUGCGCCGACGACAACGAGCUCGAACGCGCGGAGGACAUCGUGGACCGGAUGGCGGACGAAGGGGUGGAGCCCGACAGGUUCACGAUGGAGGCGGUGAAGAAGAGGCGGAGCAUCCGGUCCUACGCGAAGAAGGUGCUCAUGCUGUGA